AUGUCGGGGGAUGCCAAGAAGGGGGCAUGGACACCAGAGGAGGAUGAAGCCCUCAAGCGGCUUGUCUUGAUGCAUGGGCCCAAGAAUUGGAGCUUGAUCGCUGGCGGCAUACACGGCCGCAGCGGCAAGAGCUGCCGGCUGCGCUGGUGCAACCAGCUGGACCCAGGUGUCAUCAAGGAUCCCUUCUCUGAGUGGGAGGAUGCCGUCAUCAUUAAUGCCCACAUCGCACACGGCAACAAGUGGGCGGUGAUUGCCAAGCUGCUGCCAGGGCGCACAGACAAUGGCGUCAAGAACCACUGGAACAGCACCCUCAAGCGCAAG